GGAUGGACAUGUGAAGACAAGUCACGGCCACAUCGACAGGAACGGCAGAUUCAAGUGCGAGUGGUGUCAGUACUCGACCAACAGGUCCACAAACAUGAAACACCACCAAAGGACUCACGCUGGGGAACGGCCGCACCGCUGUGAUGUCUGUACGGCACGGUUCACUCAACGGUCACACCUCACGGCACACAUGCUGACUCACACUGGAGUGCAGCCGUACGGCUGCUCCAUCUGUAUGGCGCGGUUCACUCGACGGUCAACUCUCAACACCCACAUGCGGACCCACACGGGGGAGCGGCCACACGGCUGCUCCAUCUGCACUGCACGGUUCACUACGCGGUCAAACCUCAUCAAACAUAUGCGCACUCACACUGGGGAGCGGCCAUAUGGCUGCUCCAUCUGCAAGGCACGGUUCACUCAACGGUCAUACCUCAUCACACACAUGCGGACCCACACGGGGGAGAGGCCGUACUGCUGCUCUAUUUGCACGGCACGGUUCACUGACCGAUCAGGUUUUAAUAAACACAUGCGGACCCACACUGCUGCUGCUGCAUUUUGUGAACAGCCGCACUGCUGCUCCAUCUGCAAGGCACGCUUCACUCGACGAUCGCACCUCAAUACGCACAUGCUGACUCACAGCGGAGAGCGGCCUUUCAGUUGCUCUGUGUGUCUUUCACGGUUCACUCGUCGGUCAACCCUCAAUAUACACAUGCGGACCCACACGGGGGAGCGGCCGUACGGCUGCUCACGUUGCCAGGCCCGGUUUGCUCUACGGGGAAAUCUCAGCAAACACAUGCGGACCCACACGGGGGAGCGGCCGUACUGCUGUUCACAUUGCCAGGCCCGUUUUGCUCUACGGGGAAAUCUCAGCAAACACAUGCGGACCCACACGGGGGAGCGGCCGUACGCCUGUUCACAUUGCCAGGCCCGGUUUGCUCAACGAGGAAGUCUCACCAAACACAUGCAGACCCACGCGAAGAGCGGCUGUACUGCUGCAACUACUAUUUAACGGUUCAUUAGUUCGGCACAUAGAAAGUCACUUGAAACUGGUACACAGUUUUGGGAAUUAUGUAAUACACUGGUAUGACCGAUGCGGCAAAUGGAUGGAUUGGCGAAGUACAACGCUGAGACUUGUCCUUGAAAUGCAUGAGUGGCCGCCGUACGUUUGAUUUUAGUGUUUAAUUUGUGAUUCUCGUUUAUGAGCGUCGUGGCUACCGGUGUCACGUCUGGCUUCUUCAUUGUUACUAAGGAUGAUUCA